AAAACAUUUGAUCAUUCAAAAUGGCACUCUCGUAUAACUCUACCUCAUUUCUGAUAGUUUCUCUACUAUUAAUCUCCUUCAUAUUAACAAGUGUGAAAGCCGAUUUGAUAGAUGACGUCUGUUCGAAAACACAACACAAGGAUGUAUGUUUAUCCACUUUAAAGGGCGAUCCUCGAUCCAAAGGUGCAAAUCUUAAAGGUCUUAUGAUGAUCUCAAUGGACUUAUCACAAAAGAGCGCCCAAUCUGUGCGUGAUCUUGUUGAAAAGUUGCUUGACGAGGCGACAAACCCAGAAUUAAAGUCACGAUACUCCUUCUGUUGUACGAGUUAUAACGACGCUAUUGAUAAUCUUAAAAAAUUGCCAGACUUAUUCAAGUCUAAAGACUAUAACGGUAUCAAUACUCAUGCUUCCGCUGCUCUAAGUGAUCCUUCUAAGUGUGAUGAUAAAUUCUCAGGACCACCCGCUGAAGUGCCCCAACUCAAGGAUGCUAAUGACAAGCUUCGAGGACUUAUUGAAAGUAUUUUGGUUAUUAGCAAAUUAUUGAAGGGAAGAUGAUACAUAUAAAUUAACAGAUUAUGUAAGACAUUAUUGUCGACUUGAAUUAUGAAAGUUUUUAA